AUGGUGUAUCACGACCGUGAUGCUCCUGUCAAGCUAAUAACAUACGAAUGGACUCCGUCCCCUAAGGAGAGACUACAUGAUAGUGGCAUGGUCUCUAGAGGCUUGCUUGACAUCUUUCGAUUCUCGUGGUUCGCAGAGGGUUCAACUUGGAAAAAAUUAAAGGCGGACCAAAAAACGUUCUAUUGGGAGGAGUUCAAGAAGAAGUUUUUUUGGGACUCGAUCUACCCCGAGCAAUUGAUCAGAGAUGUGUUUAUGAGGCAUGCUGUAAAUCGCUACAAGGACACUCUGCAUACGCUGAAGGGAAAGAGGGAUGACAGCGUCAACGAUACUGUUUGGGAUGCCUGGCAGGCAGAGUGGGCUACGGUGGAGGCAAAGAACAAGUCGGACAUCGCCCGGGCUAACCGGAUGAGUGAGCCGACAGGGCCAGGGACAGGACCGAUGCGCCACACUGCAACAUCUUGCUCGGGCGUGAAGCAUAUGACUGGUCAGGAGCUCGGUCGUAUACCGACCUACGCUAAGUUGUAUGUUCGUAUGCACUCGACGCAGAAGGAUCAGACCAAGUUUGUGGACAAGAGGUCCAAGGAUAAGCAUGAACCGUCGACUCCACAUACCAUCGACGAGAUCCAGUUGUUCUUGUCGCUCGAGGGGGUGAAGAAGCAGCGGGUUUAUGGAGUUGGUUCAGCUGCGGCUUCAUACAUCGCAUCGUCACAGACCAGCCAUUCCCGUGGAGGUUCAUCGUCGUCCCAGCAGACUCAGACGCCCGAGGAAAUAGGGGAGAGGAUUCAGACAGAGGUCGAGGCACGGGUGCAUGGGAUGGAGGAGCGGGUGCGAGGGCAGGUUCAGAGGGACAUAGAGGCUACCGUGGACGAUCAGAUUGCUGAUAGAGUCUGUUCGGAGCUGGCGAAGAUGAUGAAUUCUCUACCGCCAGGUUUUUGCCCCCUGCAGCCCCCACGAGGCCCGGAUGACGAGGACAUCAAUAGAUUGUAG